GCGGUUGUAACUUCUCCCCUCUGCUCUGUGACGCUCGUUCACCUUUCGAACGGGAAUGGUUUGGAAAUUUUAUCCUUCUCCCCUCGCUGUUCGCGCGCUUGAUCGUCGUCACGCCCGUAUGAUGGCGCGCUAAACGCGGCCAUCUAUCAGUCAUGAAAGCUUAAUUCGUCCCAACUCGAACGUUUCGAAACGUUUCGAAAUUGGAGCGUGAAGGACGUGCUCUUCGCCCGGAUCUCGAUUGAAUUCCACGGAUAAGGGAACACGGUUUUAUACGGGAUAUAUAGUGUGGAGUUAUAUGGAUUUCGAUAUUAGUGACAAUUUUUAAAUUAUCGUUUUAAAUGUGUUUUGGAUUUUCUUUAAUGGAAACUCUCGUUACCGACUCGUUCGUAUUUAUUCAAUUUAUUAAAUUCGUAAAUUCAACGGUCGAUUAUUAUUCGAAUAUUCUUCCCUUCCUCGUAUCGAAUAUAUUAAUGGUUAUGUAUCGGUCGUGAAAGCUUGAUUCGUCGAAACGUUUCGAAAUUAGUGUAAAGAACGAAUUCUUGAUCGAAUUUGAAGGUUAGGAAAUAGCGUGGAUUAUAUACGUAUAUAUAUUUGCAACGAAGUAAUUUUAAAUUAUUGUUUUAAAUGUGUUUUUUUCCAAUUUUCUCGAUUGAAUUUCACGAUUAGGAAAUAGUGUGAAUUAUAUAUAUAUUUACAAUGAGGUGGGUGGUGUGUGGCGCACAAGCGUUGUACCAACUGUGUGCAGAAGAGAUAUUCCGCAUGUCGUUUCCGGAAUAAAAAACGAGCAAUUAGACGAAUAACCCAGAUUAGACUCGGCAUCUCGAGAAAAUGGGGACACCUGGCUGAGAAUAAUGGAAUCCUUUGCCUCGACUACUUUUCGAGUGUAUCAUCCGUGAAAUUGAUAAAAGACGAUAAACGAUUGAGAAAUAUAUUUAUACACGUACGUAUGUACACAUUGACAGAGAAAGGACGAGGUUGGAGAACGAUGCGGAAUGACGCAACGAGACGAGUUGUCGAUAGAAAGGUUGUUGUGUUGUUCCCUAACACAAGUAGAGAAUGUUCACGGAUGAAGAUCACGUGUCCUGGAACGGAGGUGGAAAAGAGAUCGAAAAGGAAGUGAACGCUCGACCAAGUGAAUUUACAUAGACGGAAAGGAAAUCUCUCGAUGUUUCGACCACGUGUAUUCGGUCUUACUCUGUCCGCGUGGUAUGCAGGAUAGUAGGUCGACAUUCUCGUUUCCCCUUCUUCCUUGUUUCCCUCUCCCUCUCGCCCCUCCACCACCAGUUUCAUUUUUCCGUUUGACUUUUUUCUCUUCCCCCUCUAUCUCUCUUUCAACGGCAAUGUAAUAUUUUAACGAUGCAUUCGACCGUACGAAAAUGAUUAUUAGAGACGGUCAAGGAUGCUUUAAUCCAUGGAUUCUCAACUCGGUGGAACGAUGGUCAAGGUGGAUCGAAACGAUUUUGGAAAGGAGAGGGGCAAGAAGGAGAGGAAAAGGAUUAAUUGCGAAAAAAAAAGGAAAAAAAAAAGGGAAAGAUUGGGAGACACUGGUUUAAUCGAACAGAUACCGUAAAUACACCGAAUACUCGAUUCCCUCGUAUAAUUCCAGUACCGUUUCACGAGUCUGUUAUGUGUAUGCCCUCCUUGCAUAUUAACGCGCAAUUAAUGGAAUGCAAAAGACACAUACGAUACGAGUAUAUUUUGCCAGAAAUUUCGCUUUAAUUAUCCUAUGCAUAAUUUUACAACGUUAUGACGUUGCUCUCCAUACUUUUUGAUCGCUCUUUUCACCAAUUCGCUCCGUGUCACAUCGUCGGUUUUUCUCGUCGGCCUUCUCUCUGCUAUUCAUAAUACGUACUUGGUUAUUUAAGUGGUAACCGUGAUGGUACCUGCUCGUUUCGCUUUACGGAGAAUCCUUAUUUUCUAAUUAUAUUCCUCGAAGACUUUUCGUUCCUUUUUGCUACAUCUUUCCUCUCCUUUCCUCCUUCCGUCUCUAAGAUUCCCUUCCCUGUUCUUUCUUAUCUUAAUGUCAUCUUUCUAAGCAUCCAUUAUUUUUAUUUCUCAAGCUAGUUCUAUUUAUUCGCGCGAUGUCCUCGUCCAGCUGUGUUAUUUUUCUAUCCUUCUUUUCUUUUCUCUUUUCUUCAUCUUUCUAUUAAAUAUAUUCGAGUGCAAAACUCAAUUUGUUUUAUGUUUCUUUUUCGCGAAUAGACAUUGUAUGGAGAAAAGUUUAAAGAAAUUUCAAACUCUUAUUUUUAUUCUCAAACGUAUUCGAAUCUUUAAGCGCUUAAUCGUCCAAAGAGUACAACUUACAUCCACGCGAGAAAGAUAUAUCGCGUAUAUCGUUUCACCAAUAAAACGAAUAAUUAUCGAUCGAAACGUUCAGAUUGCCAGCGAAACGAUGCAAUACUAUAUAUAUACUCGUUGUCAUAAAAUGAACUUCUUCUAAAUAUAUAGUUCAUACCGGCUGAUCAACGAACCGAGACACGAAACAUUUCCAGAAUUUUCAAAGGAGCUCGAAUUUUUUCUUUUUUCUUUUUUCUUUUUUUUCCCGAUUCCUACAUAGUUGGAAAUAUAUAUGUAUCUCGAUGGAGUUAGCAGCGGGAACGAGGCGACGAAACGACGACGUGCUUGGGGCACGUUUCUCGCGGAAGAAAGUGGAGGAGGGGGAGAGAAGGAGAUAGAGUGUUACAGCCGUCGGGUGUACAGGUUGCCGAUCUCUCUCGUGAGAGCCAUCCACGCGAUUCCCUCCGUUUCUCCCUCCCCGAAGCGAGGCACGGAGGGGCCGUGCGCGUGAUCCUCCGAGAGACGAGAGCAAGGAUUUCGUUGUUCGCGCUUCUUGAAGACAUGUCGAAUAGGCCGUCGAGUUUCGUUCGUUCGUUCGUUGGUGCGAUAAUUGGUGUUUCGAUCAAUCGUUAACAGCUUUCUCGAGAUUUUCCGCAAAUUUUUUACGCCAUAUUUAACUCGUCGUACUCGUGUAUCCAAUUAUCAAGAAUUUUUCUGGAAAUUGCAUCGUUGUUAAAUUGUUUCGUCUCGAUUCGAACUCGGGGAAUUUUCGCAAGUUUUUCAAAAUUAUAUAUUUUUAGCUAUACAUUUCGCGCUCAAUCAUCCAACUGGUUAAUUAAUUUUCAUAAUUCAUAAAUUUUUUUGAAAACUCUAUAUUUUGUCUCGAACAUCGCCCAGCCGAUUAAUUAAUCCGCGAAUUUUCAUAAAUUUUUCUGAAAAUUUUGGUGCGUUUCAGUAUCGAUAAUUAUCGCAAAUUCCAUUGUUUUUACUUUCCUUUCGAAUCGGAACAGAUGUGAUACGCGUUUGUGCAUAACGCGGGUUUAAAAAGAAGAAUACACCCGAUUUGGACGUUCGUUUUAAACGCGCGAGUGUCUCGAUCGUUCUCUUUCGAAAAGUUGCAAUCGAUCGAUCGCAGAAGAUAGGAUUUUCGCUGCAGGAAUACGAGAUCCCGCGAUAAUUAAUCGUAUUUGUCGAUAAAUCUUGAUAAAUUGAAAUUUAACGCCACGGCCAGCCGUCGAAAGCUUUUCACGCGUCUCUUUCGCGACUAACGAGCACCGAUUUAUAUCGAUCCGCUUUUAACAAUUUCGAGAAUAGAUUCUAAUUUAGAUUCGCGACCAGCUAACCCUUUUCUACGUGCCUCUAUUCUCCCCUAAAAUUGAUUCGAUUGAAACGAUCCUCCUUCGAAAAAUAAAAGAAUUCUUCUUAUUAAUAUUCUAUUCAAUGAGAGACGAAAUUUAAACGCCUGAUUCCUCGAAACGGUUCUUCUUCCACCCGACGUAGAAAAAGAAGAAGAAGAAGAGAAUAAAAAAUUUUCCAAUCUAAUCCUCGGAUCAAGUAAUAUUAAUCUCACAAUAAUAUCGAGGAAGCUCGUCAAAGAAACGCUGAAAUAGUAAAAGAUAGGACGUGUCUGUCUCUGAAAAUCGUCGAAAAGGGAUGGAAGAAAAGUAGAGGGAAACGGCUGAAUCGAAAUUAUUCGAUUGCUCGGAAGCGGCGAGGGAUCGAAGUGGGUCGGUCAACCCCGAGGCUGUAGGCCAGCUCGAGUUUCGUACGGGAUGAUGAUCGUGCGAUCUCGGCCGUUAGAGAAAACCGUUGUUGUAGAGCGAGGAAGCGAGUCGGCGCUCAAAAUGACUCGUCCUUCUCGAUGAGCCUCUCGAACGAGAAAUCUACCGAAGUGAAGAACCCUUUUUCCAUAAAAGUUGACGAUUUAAAAUUGAGGGGGAGGAAUCGAAAAUUCCCUCGAUUUGAGAUAGCAUGUGAGAGACGAUUGGAAGAGAGAGAGAUUGGAAACAAGAGGGAGGAUUGGAAAAGAGGAUUGUUUCUACUUGGGAUAAGGGAGAGGGCGAAGUGAAAGGUGAAGGAAGAGGCUGGGAACGAUGAGCAGGCGAACCAUGCCGCCGAAUGGAUUGAAUUCCUGCGAGAGAAUAAGGCCGGAGCGACCGAGGAACCCUAUCCAAAGACUCGUGUGGGGUCCAGGCUCUCAAUUUCAAGUCGGCCAAAUCGGCUUGGCCGAGGACGACGGCUCUAAUCCCCGAAUGGCUCUAAGAAGGUUCCUGAGACUGUACGAGGGAAGGCAGUACAGAGAGGCGGCGGGUUUCCUCGCCAAGUUGCCGCACUACACCCUGAAGGCCACCCUGCCGGACAUCCCGGUCGACCUGUUGAUCGAGACCCUUCCCCACAGCUUGUCCCUGCUGGAGGCGCUCUACUCGAGGCUGCUCGAGCUGAACGUGAACGACGGGAAGAUGUUGCGGGUCGAGCAAGUCCUUUGGAGGAUCGUUCAUCUGAUCUCGUUGAGCCAGGAUCACUUCCGGUCGAGGGUGUGGUGCAAGUUGUUGGUCUCGUUGAACGGUUUGGCGCCGAACGCGGGGGGGAUGCUUGCAGCGAGGAAGAGGGCGCUCGAAAGGGCGGUCGAGGGUCUCGGCAAGCACGGAUUGGUCGCGUCCUGUUUGGAAAAUGGCGGCCCCCCGAACCUCGUGCCCUUGCCCUUCGCACUCAAGGAACAGCUCGAGAACAGGAUCGAGGCGUACAAGCUGGCCGUGCACAAGAUCGAGAGCUUUGGGAAGCAUCCGAGGACUCACAGAGCGGAUCAAGGCGUACAAGCGGCGUCUCACCAGCGGCAACUUUCGCUCAAGUACAGCGAGAUCCAGCAGAGGUUGAUCGAUAAUCAGAGUUUGUUGAACACGUUGGAGAAAGCCGGGGACCCGGCUAGCCUCGAAACUCUGUUAUCCGAGUUGAAACGGAGGGUCGAGCAGGACAAGGAAGCUCUCAGACAAUGGACAGCUUUGAGGAGAUCCACUCAAGGUGGCGGGAACGCGAAGAAUCCGCCGCUGGCCGCCACGCUGUUGCAGUUCUCCAGGGGCUGCGAACUCGCCCUCGAAUUGAUGACUGACAACAGCCCACAGGGAUUCGAGGGGGGCGAGGAUUACGAGGAGGAAUCGAGCAGCAGCGCCGGUUACCACACGGACGAGGGUUGCAGCCUUACGCCGGAACCGGCGCUGAUUCCGGGCGGUGGUGGGGGCAGUUUUUCGGCCGCGGAGCGGCUGGCCGAGAUGUACUCGGCCCUCUACGACCACGCGCAUCUGCACACGUUGGACGCGCUCGACGCCCUCCCACCCCUCGACGACGCCCCCGAUCUCAAGGCGAAGAUACUGUACUCGGUUGUUGUGCUCUCGUGGCGGCUGGCGGGCAUGAUUCAGACGUCGAGGUAUCUGGAAGCGGUGAAAAUUCUGAACGGUACCUCGGCCACGGCGCAAACGACACCGGAGCUGGAGGAAUGCGUGAAGCGGCAAUUGGCGACUUCCGGCGCGCGAACCGGUUCCCGAGAGGUCGCGGAACAGGUGGUCACCCAGCUGGAGAGAACGCUCUACGACUUUCCUUGUCUACGGGGUUGCGCCGAGGUGAAGAAUUACGCGUGCGCCUGUUCCAGUUUGGCCUGGGCCUGUUUGGCGCGUGUCACGCCUCUGGUACUCGACGUUGCGCAUGCGUACGAGUUCAGGCGAGACGUCCAUCUCAGGCAUCACGCGUCCCCAAACCCGAACGGAACCAGAAUCAAGACGGUUCUGUGGCCCGGUUUGAGGGAGGGCUGUCAAGGGCCCUGCCUUCGCAAGGCGAUCGUCUUUACGUCGUAAAUACGUCCCCCCUCUUGUAUCUUAUCGCGCGACGAACAAAGAUGGAAGAGGAAGUGCACGAGCGCGACGCGACUACGCCAUUGGCUGCUCCAAUUUCCACGCGUGCCUCGUCGCAGUCUUGAAUUUCCCAAGGGGAACUGGAAUUACAUUUGUACUCCGUCUUAUGUAACAGAAACGCGUCGCACUCUUUGUCCGCGAAAUAGGGUUUUAGCGUAGGACGAUGUGAUGAGAUUGUUUGAUGCGGACCAAACAACGUUUUUCCAAACAACAGCUUCAAUUUCGUAUCUGUAUGGAAAAUAUCCUCCGACGCGUUGUAAAGUUUACGAAAAAAUAUUUGUAUUGAAAUGUAGCGAAAAAAAAGUUAAUAAUUACGUAUCUAGCAAGAUCACGCGAGAAAAGAACUCGUGAGUAAAGUUUGAGAAGUUUAUAUCGCGUAGCCGAACGAAUCAUUUCGCGAAAUAAAAAGUUUUCGCGAAAAAGUUUCCUCGCGGCAGAUGCUUUCCGCUUGAAAGAAAUCGUGAUUGGCUCUCCGAGUCGAGAGAUAGUUUAUGUUGGACGAGUAGUAGCUACGGAUGCUUCAGAAAUAUCGAUGCGUCGAGAUGGUUGCGGAGAGACGGAGAAACUCUACAAUUCGCCCUCUACAAUUUGCAAUUCUCCACGCGAACCGGACGCGACAUUAUUCCGUUGAUCCAAUUAUUGUCGUUGAUCCAAUAUUGAAGAAAAACUGAAGAAAAAUCGUCUCCCUUUCGAUCCUUAUUCGCGUGGAACUCUUUUUCAACUUCAACUGUCUUUAAAUUCGACGAUAAAUCACUCUCAAUACCUUAGACUUAACCUUAACCGGUACGAUAAUUUAAGAUUCGUUUAAACGUACACUUACGCGAGGCUGAACGUGUAUAACGUCUUCCUCGAUAACGUAGUUAAUGGUUUGCUUUCUUAAUCACCAUGUUAUAUCUUUGUUUGAACUUAAUCCGACUUAAUCGUUCGUCCAAUUAUAUAUAAUUUACAUUUACCGAAAAUGUAUUUACUCUCAUAAUAUUUAUUCUCAAGAGUUGGCUUUCACGUUAAAUAGCCGAUGAUUAAUACGAUAAUAUCGAGACGCGAUAAUUAUUCGGAAAUAUUAUUCCGAGCAAAUAUUCUACCAAGGAUAUAAACUAAACUGAAUUAAUUCGUUUAAAGCGUUCGUACGCGCUUAUCUUUUUAACCACUUAUUGUAUACAUGUUUUAUAUCAAUUUAUAUAUUGUUCAUUCAGAGCGUAUAGCGUGGUCGUAAAAUUAUUGUACGAGCCGGUGAUAAGAUUAACGUUACGAUGAAUUUUUUCUUUUUUUUUUUCUUUCUUUCUUUCUUUUUUUUUUUUUUUAACGUCAUAUUGGGAGUCAUUUUUAGUUUUUCUCGCUAGAAUAAUUUUACGACCUCGCCAUUCUGGGUGUACUAUUAACUGUCCCGAUUGCAGUUGUAAAGGUGGUACACAAGAGAGGAAGUUAAAGCACCGUAACGACUAGUCUCUCGGAUUUCCAAGGUUUAUUAUAAAUCUCAUUUUCUAUAUACAUUAUUCAUACAUUUCAAUUUUUUUUCCUUUUUUUUUUUUUUUCGUUUCUUCGCUUAAUGUAACAUAAUGUAGAAAAGUGCAUAGACCUAUUACGUGUUUGGCCCUGAUUUAAUUUGAACAGAUGCGCUUGGAAUACGAUCGUAAACUCUACGUGGAAGAUGAUUGUUAUUCGAAAAAAAAAUAUUCGUGGGGGAAUAUAUUAUAUAAUUUAAAAAUACGGAUGUGGUGCAUUUAUGUAUCGUAUGCCUGUAAUGUGUAUGUGUGUGUGUGUGUGUGUAAUGAUAAAAAGUGAAUUCUAACUUAAAUGAUUUUUCGUAUCGUGUCAUGAAAGAAACGCCUUUGGUCGAAGCAGAAGUCGACAGAAAUUCUUAUAAUUGCAACAUUGUUCGAUUAUUUACAAUCUAAUUUAAUCGAUAAACUUUGAUUUCAAAACGCAUUGUUUCGUUCUAUAUAACAAUUGGCAAUCAAUUGUAUCGAGCAAUUUUGCGACGAGCAACGAGUUUUAGAAUCAUGCGCCAUUUUUCCUUCGAAAAAUCGAAUUCGAUUCCUUCCAAUAUUUUCCAAGAUAUAUUUAUUACAAUAAAUUUUAUAAAAAUUUAUACAAUCAUCUUUUCGAGAUAAUUUCAAUUUUUUUUUUUUUUCGUCGCUGAACAUCGUCGCAAAUGUUAUAAAAUACCAGCCCUACAUUUGUAACAACAAUUUAUCUUACAAUUUAUCUUAUCUAAGUAUGAAAAAAAAAAAAAAAAAAAAAAAAAAAAAAAAAAAAAAAAAAAAAAAAAAAAAAAAAAAAAAAGAAAAAAAAAAGGAUCGGUGAAUCUUUCAUUAAUUGCUUGAAAAUCUCGUGAUAAAAAAUUAAGAUAAAAAGAUAAGCUCUAAAAUCGCUUCGACAAACGUGUAUGUUAUGUAUCAGGUAAAUCAGAUUCUUAUACAAUAUCCUCGAAUUUCGGGGGGAGGGGAGGGGGGGGGUGUCUCUCAGUCGUCUCGCUUGUCGAAACGUAAUUAUUUUUUUCCAUAUAAUAGAAAGAUAUAAUAAUCUAGGAUAUUAAUCGAUUUUAUAUUAUAAACUGUCUAAACUGUCGGAAAAUAUACUUUUUUAUAAUGUCAAAAAAUAAAAUGAAUCGUCGCAAAAAGAUAUUUGUUGCAAUUAUUCAUUUAACUUAAAGCAAACGAAACGAAAAGUAAAGAGAAACAUUAAUCAAUCAAUUUUUCCAACGACUCAUAAAAUCGAGAAUCGAUAAAGAUAUACCAAAAGUGAUACACGCAAAAAAUAUUAUUAUUAUUAUUCGUCUUGAUCGUAUUGAUCGUUCAUCUUAUCAUUUUUUAUCUCAUCAUUCAUCUUAAUAUCAAUGAAUUUUUUCUACUCAUGAUGAAAUAAUAAUCUUCAAAUGACGAGAAGAAAAUUCUAUUAUUCAUAAUAUUUCCUAUAAUUACAUUUUGUUGUCGUUUUUUUUUUUUUUUUUUUUUUGUAUAAAAUAUAUACUUGACCGCUAAUGACAAAUAUAAGACAUACUUAAUAAUAUACAUAUAAUAUAUAUGUCAAAGUUUAAAAGAUUAUUAAGAAUAUGAUGUCUUUUCAUGAGCCUCUGUCGUGUAAAAUUGCACGAUCUAUUGUACGUAUAUAUUGUACGAAGUAUAUGUAAUGCUUCGAAAAAAAAAAAAAUAAUAUUAUAAAUAUGAGUAUCUUUUCGAAAGAUAAACUAUGAGCACGUCGUUUAAAAUGACAAAGAAGAAAAAAAAAAAA